CAUCAGCAAGGUUUUCUAUCAGAAAGUAUAGCUCCUACCACUGAGCUCAAUGCACUUUGUGUGAAACUGGAAAGAAAACCAAUGUAUAAGCCCGUGGACCCCCACUCCCGGAUGCAGUCCACCUACAGCUAUGGCAUGCGCGGAGGUGCCUAUCCCCCCAGGUACUUUUACCCAUUUCCAGUUCCGCCGUUACUCUACCAAGUUGAGCUUUCUGUGGGAGGACAGCAGUUUAACGGGAAAGGAAAGAUGAGACAAACUGUGAAACACGAUGCCACUGCCAGAGCACUGAGGACUCUGCAGAAUGAGCCUCCACCCGAGAGGCUGGAGAUGAAUGGAAGAGAAUUAGAAGAAGAAAACCUCAAUAAAUCAGAAAUAAGCCAAGUGUUUGAGAUUGCACUGAAGCGGAAUUUGCCUGUGAAUUUUGAGUCUUUCCCUCUGACACAGGUGGCCCGGGAGAGUGGCCCACCCCACAUGAAGAACUUUGUGACCAGGGUUUCAGUCGGGGAGUUUGUAGGGGAAGGAGAAGGGAAAAGCAAGAAGAUCUCCAAGAAGAAUGCGGCAAGGGCGGUGCUGGAGCAGCUGAGGAGGCUGCCGCCUCUGCCUGCUGUGGAGCGAGUAAAACCCAGAAUCAAGAAGAAAAGUCAGCCCACAUGUAAGCUACAGACAGCCCCGGAUUAUGGCCAGGGGAUGAAUCCUAUUAGCAGACUGGCUCAGAUCCAGCAGGCCAAAAAGGACAAGGAGCCAGAGUACACGCUCCUCACCGAGCGAGGCCUUCCACGCCGCAGGGAGUUUGUGAUGCAGGUAAAGGUUGGGAACCACACUGCAGAAGGAGCGGGUACCAAUAAGAAGGUGGCCAAGCGCAAUGCUGCUGAGAACAUGCUGGAGAUCUUGGGGUUCAAAGUUCCCCAGGCGCAGCCUGCCAAGCCAGCACUCAAAUCAGAAGAGAAGACCCCAGUAAAGAAACCAGGAGACGGAAGGAAAGUAACGUUUUUUGAACCUAGCCCUGGGGAUGAAAAUGCAACUAGUCAUAAAGAGGAUGAGUUCAGGAUGCCUUAUCUGAGCCAUCAGCAGCUGCCAGCCGGGAUCCUCCCCAUGGUGCCAGAGGUUGCCCAGGCUGUUGGGGUUAGUCAAGGACACCACACCAAAGAUUUCACCAGGGCAGCUCCGAACCCUGCCAAGGCCACGGUAACUGCCAUGAUAGCUCGAGAGUUGUUGUACGGGGGCACCUCGCCCACAGCCGAGACCAUUUUAAAGAGUAACAUCUCUUCAGGACACGUACCCCAUGGACCUCGCACAAGACCCUCUGAGCAGCUGUACUACCUUUCCAGAGCCCAGGGAUUCCAGGUUGAAUACAAAGACUUCCCCAAGAACAACAAGAACGAGUGUGUGUCUCUCAUCAACUGCUCCUCACAGCCACCCCUUGUUAGCCACGGCAUUGGCAAGGAUGUGGAGUCCUGUCACGAUAUGGCUGCACUCAACAUUUUAAAGUUGCUGUCUGAGUUGGACCAACAGAGCACAGAGAUGCCAAGAACAGGAAAUGGACCAGUGUCAGCGUGUGGGAGGUGCUGAACCUUUUCUGGCUACAAAUCAUUAUAAAUCCCAACAUAUAUACUGAAAAUACUGAGAACUGCUUUGAAAACUUGGAAUUUCUGAUAACUCCAGUGGGCCGAGAUAUGGUGGCUAAGAAUGUGGCAGCAGUAGUUAAGAAGACAAGAGACUCCAGGUGGUGGCCCCGGUUGUGCUGAACUGCUAGUGACAAUGCUGUGCUCUGCCAUCCAUCAAGAGAGACCAGCCCCAUCACCUCCAAUUUUUAUAUUGUGAUAAAAGAGAAACAGAAAGCAUGGCCAAUUCUCAUGCUGGCUCAUUCAGAUACUUUGGACAGCCCUGGACAGCCAUGCCAGAGAGGCCUUAGAGUGGCCCCGGAGCUAAAAGCACCAGAGAGAAAGCCAGUGCUUCCACCCCACACAACCGACUCAGCGUUCUCAGCCUGCCACACGUAGCACCCACCUCCCGUAACUACUGCUUUCUCCACAGUGAUGCUGUUAGUUUAUUUCCUUUGGUUGAUAUGACACUAUAUGAUUUUCAUUUCAGUUUCUCAGUUGCAUCUACUUAUCUAGCAGUUUAGAAACUUGUCUGAGACAGAUGCUGUCAGUCUUAUAACCGGCAAAGAUCACAGCCCUGUUUGGUGAUGCAUAUCUGCCUCUGGCUUGGCUAGACAGUUCUAGACUUCCCCUUGUAUAAAUUGGACAGCUUAGGAAAUUUAAACUAUUUUUAAGCAUUAGACUUAAAAAUGAGCCCCAAACAUUUAAUGUGUCUAAGGAGGUAGCUUUUGACCACACUACAGGACAUCACCCGUGGGUGCCUGCAGGCUGGUGUCCCUGGAGUGCCUAAUACAGUCAGUCAGUUCCCACCUCCUUGGAAGGGAGAGAAGAGAGGUGACAGGUCUCCUGGAGCUGUGCCGCUGUGCACAGACACAGGAUGCUCAGCUGGCCCUGGUGGAAAGCAUUGGCAUCGCUUCCACUCUUGGUUUAGCUGGGACCUUUUCACCCACGGAAUGUAAGUAAACUAAGUCAUUGUCAAUAAUAAAUGGUAAUACUAAAAUUUUUUUUGUUAAUUUAUUUUCAAACACCACUACUUCUAGAUCAAUCUCCUUCUGGUUCAUCACCCUGCCCCCCUUUUUAAAAAAUAUUUGUAAUGCUUGUGAUUCUCUCUGGGCAAAAAUCUGAAGAUCUAAAAAUCUCUUUAUAUUAAACUAUUGAUCAAUAAACAGCUACCAAGAAA